UUGUGUGUUAGACCACGAGCUUCUAGAAUAUACUCGACCUACUCAGAUUUGUACACACUGCUCGAACAAGCUAUUCAUAAGAGAAGUCUGAGGAAACUGUAUGAUUAGCAUUGCACUUGUGUACAGUUUCAAAUUUUACAUUACAAUUUUACAUUUUGAAUGUACUAUCUAUUUCAGGCUUAAACAUUUUUUAAAUGCUGAGAAAUCACUGAUUAUGAGAGGCAUUUAGUAUCUAGCGCAACACGUUCUUUGUGUGUUCAAAUCAGACUUCCUAUGGAUCGGUAAUUUUCGUCCAAUCUCGUCUUCUUUCGGAUUUGCUCGGGGAUUCUUGCAACUUGCGAUAUAUGGGAUGGAUACGCUACGGCGCUACGGUAUAUUUCACUCUGCCGAUGACCGUUGAUCACGUUGACAUUCGGCUUUAUAAUUCCUAAAUUCGAAUCCUUUACAAACGGCAGCUGAAUUUCUCGAAAAAAAGAACCGAUAAAGUGAUUUUCAUUUUGACCUUGUACGAGAAAUCCCUUUAAAAGGUUAUGCGAUACGCAAUCAUCUUGCGAUGAUUUGGUAAACGGAUUAGAAGAAGAAGAAAGAAGGACGCAGAUUUAUAUACCGUGCGGAAAUUGAAAUUCAUACAAAAGUCUACAUUUUGCGAACUGGCACAUAUACAUUCAUCGAUCAAAAGGGUAUGUUUGUUUUGCUUUUCCCUGCUUUCGAGUUUCAAGUCACCACGAAGGUUAGACUGAACGACAGUACGGUCACUUGACGAUUCGUUCCAAGAUCAAAGUAAUUAAAACAAAUUAAUAAACAAUGGCUGGCAGUGGAGAACUUUGGGUGCAAUGUUUUACCUGUUGUUUAACACAACAAGGACCAAGGGCACGUAAUGGAAGACAAAGGUCACAUCAAAGAUUAAGGAUAGAUCGUAGUAUGAUAGGAGUACCAACGAACUUUAGGCAUACCGGACAUGUUAGUAGCGGCGAUAUCGAUAUGAGCAGUGCACAAUUAUCAAACAUUCAAGCACAGAUGCAAAUGAAAGGAGGCUACGAUACUUCGUACAGCGUUAAGGCAUGUUGAGAAUAGAUUAAGGAGCUUUUAGACUGGUCUGCGAACGAUCUUGUAACGAGACUAAAAAAAUGACUGAGUUUUUAAUGUCUAUGUUCCUUGUACUAAGACAAACAUACGUGCAGUUCGGUGUACAUACAAUCGUGCUCGGAAGAACUAACCGUUUUUGAAACAUUUUUAUUUAUAAGGAUAGGUUGAACACGCCGCAAUAAAAGUUACUACGGUUAAUGCAAAAACAGAAUUUGCAUUUCAACGAUAAUAAGGUGCAUUUCACUUUUGUAUUGUUUAUUUUUUAUUUCUGAGAUAAAGACUUGAUUUUCCACUGGAACACAAAACUGCCACAUUAUAAUACACGAUAUCUUUGAGGUGCAUUUUUUUUUACUACUUUACAAUUAUUCAUCUAUUCGAAGAAAUCGACGUUUGUCGGUAAUAUACUAACACUAUAGCUGCUAUAUCAUAUAUUAAUUGUAUCGCAGUCGUAGAUUUAUCAUGAAUAAGCAUUAAUACCAUUCUUAUACUUCCAAGUGAAAAUGUAAGUACUCCGCGUUAUGUAGUACUGCUUGUGUAAAAAGAAAAAAAAAAAGAAGAAUGUACUUCGCAUGGUUCGCCUGUGCCGACUAACGAUUAAAUAUUUUAGCGUAUACGGUGAACGUCCAAGUUCACAAAGCACGGCCCAUUUUUCCUACUUCUGUAAUUCAUCCCUGAAUGGGAUGUAUAAACCUACAUUAGGUAAUUUUUGGAACGUAGAUGUGUUAAAAAUUGAACAAAAAUUAUUUGUACGUA